AUGAACUCCCUCCUCGUUCUCUCUCUCUGGGCCGCUGGGUUCUACAUAGUCUUCAGUAUUGCCAACUUCUACUGGCCUCAUCUCCGGUACGACGCUAAUGGCCAGACCAACGGCUGUCAGCAUGCUCCGCACAUACCCAGCAAAUACCCCUUCUCAGUCGGCUUCCUCUUUACGGCUGUGAUGGAAGAUAAGGAGAAGAAGGUUCCUGAGAUAGGAGUGCCGCGGUGUGGGAAGACGAGGCGUGCUGGGACGUUUGAGCACUAUACUCUUGGGAACUAUCAAUGA